UCUAUCAGGCAGCCGUCCAUAUUGUCCGGCUAAAGACUCUGACCAUUUGAACGUGAGAGUACUUAAGACCUGUGUGUGCCUUGCUUUCUUAAGUGAUUUAGUCUUCUAGUUUAAUAUUACUUGUCGCUAAGUAAUUCUAGAAACUACAGCAGUGUUGUGUGGCCUGUAGCUGUUCUUGAGACAGUGUAGAAAUCUGUGAUAGUGUUUUUUCCUACAUUGUAAAUUUGUAGAUGCUUUAAAACCUGUACCUUUCAUUGACCAAGAACAUCAAUAGUUAGAACUAAAGAAUCAUGUUCGGAGGAACAACCGGCUUUGGAUCAACCUCUCUGUUUGGAUCAACUUCUAACACAGCCAAUGCAAACCCUAUGAAAGAUGUUGAGGUGGCAUCACCCCCUGAUGAUAGUGUGAGCUGUCUGAAGUUUAGCCCAGGUGUUCUACCUUCUACAUUCCUUGUUGCUGGUAGCUGGGAUAAUCAUGUGAGGUGCUGGGAAGUUCAACAGAAUGGUCAGACAAUACCCAAGGCACAGCAAACACACACAGGUCCUGUUUUAGACGUGGAUUGGAGUGAUGAUGGCACAAAAGUGUUUACUGCAUCCUGUGACAAGACAGUUAAAAUGUGGGACCUGAACAGUAAUCAAGCCAUGCAAGUUGCUCAACAUGAUGCUCCUGUAAAAACAGUCCAUUGGAUUAAGGCUCCCAGUUACAGCUGUGUGAUGACUGGUAGCUGGGAUAAAACACUCAAGUUUUGGGACACACGUUCCUCUACUCCUAUACUCAGUAUUCAGCUACCUGAAAGAGUUUAUUGUGCAGAUGUGAAAUAUCCCAUGGCUGUUGUGGGCGUGGCAGGAAGGGCAAUACUUAUUUACCAGCUAGAUGUCCAGCCACAAGAGUUUAAGCGAAUGGAAUCUCCUCUCAAAUAUCAGCAUCGCUGUGUGAGCAUAUUUAAUGACAAGAAAACCAAUGCACCCACGGGUUUUGCCCUGGGAAGUAUCGAAGGACGGGUAGCUAUUCAGUAUGUUAAUCCAACUAAUCCCAAAGACAAUUUCACUUUCAAAUGUCACAGGUCCAAUGUUCCACCUAAUGGAGGAAUACAGGAUAUAUAUGCAGUAAAUGACAUAUCAUUUCACCCUACCCAUGGUACACUAGCAACAGUUGGCUCAGAUGGUCGCUUCAGUUUUUGGGACAAAGAUGCCAGGACCAAGUUAAAGACAUCAGAACAGUUUGAUCUGCCUAUCACUACCUGUUGCUUUAAUGCUCAAGGGAAUAUUUUUGGUUACGCUUCAAGUUAUGACUGGUCAAAGGGACAUGAGGGAUAUGAACCUCAAAAGAUGAAGCCUCACAUUUUCAUGAGGUCGUGCUUUGAUGAACUUAAGCCAAGCACAAAGAGAAAUUAACUCUCAUCAAUUAUAAAUAUAACAUUUGUUUUGGUACUGUUUUCUAUUACAUGAAGAAAUAACAUUUAAAUGAAGAUGUUUGAUUGUGCAUAUAAAUAAAAAAAAGCCAUUUGAAUAAAAUGUCUUAACCAAC